CAGCGGGUUACUUCCGCAACGUCACUAAUGACACGUAUUCAAAAUGGCGGCCGCGGCUAUGGAGACGUGGUGGGCCUUGCUGCUGUUGUCCUCGCUGCCUGUGGUCCGAACCUUCUAUGUUCCCGGAGUCGCUCCCCGGGACUUCCGUGAUGGAGAGACGGUAGAUAUUAAGGCAGUGAAGCUGACCAGCUCCCGCACCCAGCUUCCUUAUGAAUACUACUCUCUGCCUUUCUGUAAGCCGGAAUCUGUUUUCUACAAGGGAGAGAAUCUGGGAGAGGUCUUGCGUGGCGACCGUAUCGUGAACACGCUCUACAAUGUCGAGAUGAACAAGAACAAGAAGUGUGAGAUGGUUUGCAGCAAGAAAAAGCUCAGCGUAGAAGAGAGCAAGCUGAUCGCUGAGCGGAUCCAGGAGGAGUAUUAUGUUCACCUCAUCGCAGAUAACCUUCCAGUUGCCACCAGGUUAGAGUUUUACCCCAACAGAGAAGUCGGAGGGGAGGAAGAGCAGAAGAAGGAAAAAGACGUCCAGUUUGAGCAUGGUUACAGAAUGGGCUUUGUUGAUAACAACAAGUUUUAUCUGCACAACCACCUGUCCUUCAUCCUGUACUUCCACAGGGAGAAGCUGGAGAAGCUGGAGGAGGGGGAGAUUCACGACUACAGAGUUGUGCGAUUUGAGGUCAUACCCCAAAGUGUCAAAGUAGAAGAUCUGAAGGCCGUGGAGCAGGACAAGACUUGCACUUUGCCUGAGGCCAGCGGUUCUGCCCCCCAGGAGAUUGACCCGACCAAAGAGAAUGAAGUCCUUUUCACCUACUCGGUCCACUGGGAGGAGAGUGAGGUGAAGUGGGCGUCUCGCUGGGACACAUAUCUGACCAUGAGUGACGUCCAGAUUCACUGGUUCUCCAUCGUCAACUCUGUGGUGGUCGUCUUCUUCCUGUCUGGUAUUCUGAGUAUGAUCAUCAUCAGGACCUUGAGGAAGGACAUCGCAAACUACAACAGAGAGGAUGACAUAGAAGACACCAUGGAGGAGUCGGGAUGGAAGAACGUCCACGGCGACGUCUUCAGACCUCCUCAGUAUCCCAUGAUCCUCAGCUCCUUGCUGGGCUCAGGGAUCCAGCUCUUCUGCAUGGUCCUCAUCGUCAUCUUUGUCGCCAUGUUGGGGAUGUUAUCUCCAUCAAGUAGAGGAGCCUUGAUGACCACUUCCUGCUUUCUCUUCAUGUUCAUGGGUGUGUUUGGAGGCUACUUUGCCGGCAGACUGUACCGCACACUGAAGGGUCAUCGGUGGAAGAAAGGAGCAUUUUGUACAGCGACUUUGUACCCUGCAGUGGUUUUUGGCAUCUGCUUCGUCCUCAACUGUUUCAUCUGGGGAGAACACUCCUCUGGGGCGGUUCCCUUCACCACCAUGUUAGCCCUCCUGUGCAUGUGGUUCGGUAUCUCCAUGCCGCUCGUCUACCUGGGCUACUACUUCGGCUUCCGCAAACAGCCGUAUGACAACCCGGUGCGCACCAACCAGAUCCCCCGGCAGGUCCCAGAGCAGCGCUGGUACAUGAACAAGUUUGUGGGAAUCCUGAUGGCCGGGAUCCUGCCGUUUGGUGCCAUGUUCAUCGAGCUCUUCUUCAUCUUCAGUGCCAUCUGGGAGAAUCAGUUUUAUUACCUCUUUGGCUUCCUGUUCCUGGUCUUCAUCAUCCUGGUGGUGUCCUGCUCUCAGAUCAGCAUCGUAAUGGUUUAUUUCCAGCUUUGUGCAGAGGACUACCGGUGGUGGUGGAGAACCUUCCUGGUGUCAGGAGGCUCAGCGUUCUACGUUCUUGUUUACGCCAUCUUCUACUUUGUCAACAAGCUGGACAUCGUGGAGUUCAUCCCCUCCCUCCUGUACUUCGGUUACACCACGCUGAUGGUUUUGUCUUUCUGGCUGCUAACGGGAACAAUCGGUUUCUACGCCGCCUACAUGUUCAUCAGGAAAAUCUACGCCGCGGUAAAGAUCGACUGAGUCGUCGCUGUUUUUCUCGUCGUUUGGGUUUUUUUGAUUUUUUUUUUCACGAUCAGUUUUUUUUAAAUAUAUAUUUUUUAUGCACUGACUCGUGUGCAGAGGGAUCGAGAGGUGUGUGUUUUACUGCGUGACCCACUGAAACGGUGAAACCGGCCGUUUCUCUCACACUCUCUCCCCCCUAAACCUCCCCCUCCUCACCCCCUUUUUUUUUUUAUUUUGCUUCUUUGCCCUUUCCGGGACAGAGACCCAGAGGCAGCCUUCCUCUGCCAGGACCGGUUACGUCUUCUGUCGUCUCACCUUGCACACAAACGCAGCGGGCCAAAGCUUGUCAAACGAUGGUUUCUGCACAUUUAUGUUUUUUUCCAUUUGUGUUUUGAAUCUAACUUAUCCAGGUUUUUUUUAUGUUAUUUUUUUCGUCAUCGCAGGAUUUAUCUGUGACUUAAUUUCUUUCAAUCAUCUGCUGGGAGGCAAUUUUUCCUCUGAAUUUCCUCACAUAAAUUUACUCUCUCUCCACUGUCUUGUUUUCAGAUGUGACUUUUCGUUUCAGAGACUUUCAAAGAUCAGGGAAGGAUCAGGGGGUCUAACUGUGGUGUUUGUUGUGUUGAACUGAUAUGGAUGGAAAUUUUUGCUGGGAUGUUCUGCAUUGUAACACAAGAAAGGAUAAAUUAAAUGUUCUAUUAUUUUUUACUUCAGUUUCCAUGUCUUGGUGUAACCGCGAUGACCACAACUAUAAUCAAAAUAUUAGCUUCUCCUUCCAGAACAGUGGGUCUCUUAUUCAUGUCAGAUCAUCGCUCCAUUUGCUCUAAAUGACAGAGAACAGCUGUAAAUGGUACUAAACUUGAACCCGACGCCCCAUGGCAGUGGAUGGAGCAUCGGGCUCAUGGAGGAGGAGGAACCGUUUGUAUCUGAGAGUCUACGACACAACUGUUUUUCCACUCAUUAACCACACCGUCAGUGUAGCCUUAGCAGAGCCAGAGCCUGCUGAACUAUGCAGUAAUGGAAAGAAAGUGCAAAUUGCAGAGGUUAUUUCUUAAUGCCUCGUUUCUUUUUAGUUUGAACCUGAUGUAUGAUAUGUUUUUGGGUGUAAUUUGUUUUUUGAAAGCCAGCUGAGAUCACCUUUGUGUUGCUGCCGGUGGUGGCAGACGUCAUGUGACAGCGUUUGGGAUGCAGAGCGUUGAAAUGUAAUCCACAGUGUUCUUAUUAGAUCUGUACAGUCUGUGUUGUGUAGCCUGAUACCCAUAUUUGUGCAUCACAGCUCAUGUUUCCCUCCUUUUCAAAUUGUAUUCAUUUUUUCAGCUAUAAACUUAGAAUACAUUUAGAACUUGGUGGAACCUGAAAGAAAAAAAAAUGCUCAACAAGCAACUAAAGUUAAGGGCCUCCCAUAGACGACUGCUGUAUUUAACUGUAGCAGAAUAAUAUAUAUGAAUCUAGUUAAACCACAGGUAGAACAUUAAGGAACUAGUCUGACAUUUUGGGUGAUUCACUGAUUUGCUUUCUUGGAAAAAGGUUUAAUGAGAAGAUUGAUUCCACUCACUUACACCGGUUAAAUAUGAACCUGGUUAGCUUAGCUUAGCAUAGACUAAAAUCAUGGAGGCAGAUAAGCCAGCCCUGUCUGAAGGAAACUAAACGAUGAUAAAGAUGUAACGUGUUGCCAUCAGAUGCAGUUUUCCUGUUCAGGCAGAGCCAAGUUGGUUGGCUUCUCCUAUUUAUAGCCUUCGUGAUAAGCUAAGCUAGCUGGCUUCUAGCAGUAGCUUCUUUCUUUAGGUACAGAAAUGAGAGUCUUUGUGCUAAGCUAACCAGCUGCUAGCUUUUUAUUUAAUGUACUGACAUAGGAGCCUUUAUACUGAGCUAAAUGAGGCAUUUGCUAGCUGUAACUUCUUAACAUACAGACAGGAGCAUUGUUGUGCUAAGUUAAGCUAGCCAUAAGUCUUUUUGCUAUGCUAAGCAGCUGCUAGAAUUAGGUUUUUUUAUUUCAUGCGCAGACAUGGCAGCCUUUAUGCUAAGCUAAAUUAACCAGCUGCUAGACAUUAAUUUCACUUAGUGUAUAGAUGUGUUUUGGUGCUAUGCUAAGCAGCUUUUUACUUACCAAACAAACAUGAGCAUCUUUGUCCUAAGCUGCUAGAAUUUGAUUUUUAUUUAUUGUACUAACAUGGGAGCCUUUAUGCGGAACUAUGCUAGCCAGCAACUAGCUGCAGCCUCUUACUUAGCGUACAGAUGUGUGUUUUCCUACUAAGCUUAGCUUGCUGACUGUCAGCAACAGCUUUUAAUUUGUUUUGACAUGGGGGCCUUUAAGCUAAGCUAAGUUAGGCAUUUGCUAGCUGUAGCUUCUUAAUUAAUGUACAGACAUGAAAGUCUUGGUGCUAAACUAAUCAGCUGCUUGAAUUAGCUUUUUAUUUAUUGUCCAGAGUUGGAAGCCUUUAUGCUAAGCUAAAUUAGCUAGUUGCUUACAGUAACUUCUUACUUAACUUACAGACACGACUGGUGUCAGUCUUCUCAUCUAAAGCUCAGCAGGAAAGCACAGAAGUGUCCCAGAAUGUCCAAAUAAUCCAUCUAAGACAACAUGGUCAGAUCAGCAUCGAUCUCAUUGUAUUCUAUAUCUCAUGUACAGGUCAGUUCUCAUUCUCUGCUGCCUUGAGACAGUUAAAACCUGCAGCAUACCAGGCUGGCAGACUGUAUAUGACAUCAUAAAAUAUAUUGGCAGUAUACUGUAUUUAAUGGUGGAUGUUACAGGCCAACAUCUUAUUCGUUUUCCAUCAAGCAUCACAAGUUCCUAAACAAAUAAAAAUCUGUAGUUUUAUAGUGAAAGCAAAGCGAACCCACACAGCAUGCAGGACACGACUCCCUGUGCCCUUCAUGAGCGUAUUUAUUACAGUUGUGUCACUCUGGGCUGACUUUAGGGGAUGACUGAAGUGUGUCACGUCAUGCUCUUCUUAGCGGCAGACAUUUUUGCACAGAAGUCCAGGUGAUGUUUCAGUGCAAGGCUAUACAGAGGAGGGACAGGUGCCUAGAUCAGCCCUGAUUGUCCAGGGCCAGAACAGCCACAUUCCUUCAUUAUUCCGACACUUGUUAAGCUAUGAAUGAGCUGAUUGAAGAAAGUGAGAUGAAGCCCAGAUAUUUUAAGUUCUCCCCGCCACUUUCUGCGGGAAAUGACUGCUUGGUAAAGCCCCUGAGGUCGCCCUAAGUGAAAAGAGCGAGCCGUUACCGUUUGAUAUGUUUCCAUCCUCUACCUUCUGUAUUAUGUCGAAGAGUUUCACAGCUCUGACUCUUGGCUGCUUUCUUAUGUAAAGACAGACGCUCCUCUCGUGCCAGGGGAGAUUUUUUACAGACAGACUUUUAAGAGGCCCGAGUCAUGCGUGCGUAUGUAUGAUAGAGGGUUUUACAAUGUAAAUUUUAAAAAAAAAGAAAACUGCUUUGUAUUUGUUGCGUUUCGCUGUUUGUGGCGCUCUCUGUAAUGAUUCCUGUCAUCGUUUUAGCCAAAAGCAUGAUGCUCAUGAUGACUUUCAAAAGGAACCUAAUUUCUGUUACUUUUCUCUUUGUUUCUUUUACAGAAUGUCUAAUUACAAACUGUAUAAUGGCAAAACAAUAAAGUGAUGACAAGUUGAAUAUGAA